AUCUCCACCGAAGAGAGCAUCUCUUAGUCAUCUAUCCUUAUAUAGACCCCCAUCCCAUCCCAUCCCAUCCUCAUCAUAGAACAAGACAAACCUCAGAGAGAGAGAAAGAGAGAGAGAGAGAGAGAUGAGGAGCAUUAAAGGGGAAGUGGUGCUCAACAUCCCUGCUGAGAAGGAAUGGGAAAUGUACAGAGACAAUGAAGUUAUCAGCAAAAUAAAUCCUGAAAUGCUUGCCCAAGCUGAAUACAUCCAAGGAGAUGGUAGCCCCGGAAGUUUGAGGCUUUUUAAGCUUGGCCCUGCCAUCAGCAACUACGUGAAAGAAUCAACUGAGAAGAUAGAGAAGGUGGAGACGGGGCAGUCUGUGACAUACCGUGUGAUCGGAGGUGACUUGAGGAGAAUGUACGAUCCAUAUAGAGUCACCUUCUCAUUCAUUCCUGUGGAGGGAAAAGAGAAUGAGAUGUGUCUCGCUGAAUGGAAGGCUGAGUUUGAGCCACUCACUCCAGAAACGCCUCCACCAUUGAAGGCAAAGGAUGCUGCUCUAGGAUUCCUCAAGUGGUUUGAGAAGUUUGAGCUAACCUGCUAGCUACAAAUUAGCUUAGCUAGCUAGAUCAA